AUUGCAUAUUCUGACUGGGUACAGGGUGGCAAUUUUAACUUACUGUAUUCAAGCGAUUCUGGUGUGAAUUAAUUCACUCAGUGCAGUGCUGAGUGAUCUUCCUAAGGCCUAGCUAGCUGCAACAUUGGCAAAGAAUUUGCAGAUGGAUCCCGAUGAUGUUAUGACCCCUACCAAUGAAGUGGUGAAAGAGCUGGUCCAGCUUAAAGACCCCAGCAGCAGCAGAGACCUUCCCCUGCCUCCAGCCCUGACUACUGCAGAGCAAGUACAUAUCAAGAUACUGGGCCAGGCUCCUGCUCACCCUGGAGCUAAAGGUGAUCUGGUCACCCAUUCAAUGGCUGCACACAAGUGCGGGUACAAGUUUGCCACCAAGGACCCACAGCCGGUAACCAUGCCUAUAGUACUGAGCAAGGCCCCUCCCUACAAGCGACUGCCAAGCAUGGAAGAUUCUGAUAGUAGCAGCGACGAAGUGGAUGUGACUGACGGAGAGCGUGUUGUGAAGGUGGUGUUUGAAGUGAGGGCAUGUGCAGAGGAAGGGGAGGUGAGAGUAACUGGAAACACAGCCUCUCUGGGAAAAUGGGACAUCUUCAGUAGUGUCAAGUUGAAUAGGAGCACUGGGCAAGACAAAACCUGGAGUGUGGAGCUGGAGGUACCAGUUGAGCGCCCAAUCAAAUAUCGAUACAUGAUCACAAGACCAGUGGUGGGCAAUCAAGAAUCUUUCGCCUUCGUCUCUUGGGAGACAUUCUUAGGCUCAAGGAAAUACACGGCCAAGAAACCAAGAAGCAGUGAAGAUACCCACAAGGAGUCUGUGGAGUAUGGAAUCAUUGGAGAUGACAAGUUGACAGCCCACACUGACAAUGGUUGGCUGGUGAGCACGAGUGAGCUCCACCUGCAGCUGGGGACUUUGGGGAGUGCACUCUCCAUCUCUGACCACCCUCCAGACACUCGCUACCUCCUCACCAUCCACCCAUUCUCUAUCAAACAGAACAAGACUGUAGACUGCUCUCCAUGCAAAGCCAAGCUCUUGAGCAGGACCGAAGGGGAUUGUGUGACCUUUGACCUUGCAGGUGGGGGCUGUCCUUAUGAUCAGCGAACCAACCUGGUCAUAUUCACCACAGAGUCAGUCGACUUCCAAGACACUGGAUUCACCAUUGAUGUAUUUACAAUCCCCUGUGCUGACACUGCAACCUCUCUCCCCACUCCUCUCCCCUCGGCUGAUGCUAAAGUGGGCAGGGCCAGUCUCCUCCCUCGCCAGUACCUGGGGGAGGAUAGAGGGAGCAUUGUACUGACCGUGUUUUCACAGGAUCUCCUCCCCGUGGGAACACUGUCAUUGUCUUUCCUGCUCAUUCACCCUGUGCGAGAGUUGCCCCUCCUCCACUCCACCAAACACACCUACUCCAACUACUGGAGACAGCACAAGAGGAUGCUGCACAUUGGACACAGGGGACUGGGAGACUCUCACCAUCCACAACUGAAGGCUACUGAGACAGAGAACACGAUAGCAUCUCUCAAGAUGGCGGGCAAUCACGGUGCUGACUAUGUGGAGUUUGACGUCCACCUGACCCGGGACCAUGUGCCGGUAGUCUACCACAAUUUCCUGGUAGCCACCACACUGGCCAGAGAGGGAUUCUUCUCAGGGGAGCUCUACGCCAUGGAGGUCAAGGACCUGACACUACAUCAGCUACAAUCACUGAAACUAGAUCACUCGAGUACUUUGCAAAAGAAACUGGCGACUCUGUCUGUCGAUGGCAAUAAUAGCUCAAGUGCUAGUGACUAUGACUCGUCCAGUGAGUUGUGGGGAGCACAGAGGGGCACGGAGCAUCUGCCAGAGAGGAAGACAUUCCCAACCCUUAAGAAGCUGUUUCGUUCCCUACCUAAACACAUCGGUUUCGACAUUGAGGUCAAGUACCCAUUACCAGAGAAGAAUGAAAAUGGAGAAGUUGUUAAGAACUACUCUUGUUUCGAUAUGAACUUGUGUGCUGACACCAUUUUGAAGGAUGUCUAUCGUUUUGCACGAGGGAGGAAAAUCAUCUUCACCUGCUUCAACCCGGACAUGUGCACAGUUCUUCGCCGCAAGCAGCAUAAAUAUCCGGUUAUGUUCCUCACGUGUGCACUCAACCCUGACUAUGGCGUUCCCCUAGAUGUGAGGGGUCACAGUCUGAAUGACGCCACCAUGCAUGCCAGGGCACACAAUCUGCUGGGUAUAGUGCCCAACUCCACCCCUCUCCUGCACGAGCCUCAGUUGGUGAGCAAAGUGAAGGAGAAGAACCUCGUCUUGUUCACUUGGGGCCACCAAAACAAUGUCCUCCAGAACAUCGAGACCCAGCAGAGCACUGGUGUGGAUGCUCUCAUCUAUGACAGCAUCAACCACCUACUGCCUGGGCCGCAGAAGAAUAUUUUCCAGUUGGAAAAGGAAGAAAAGCAAAAGGGACACUGAAUCAUGAUUAGGCUCAAAUUGAAUUUUAGCUGCUAUAAUAAGACACACAUUUUUCAAUCUUACUGUGGUACAUGUACUUCUGUACACCUCUGUUAAAUAGCCGCCCUCUAAGGCAGUGCUUUGGAGGGCAAGGGCGGCUAAUCCUGAGAGUAGGCCACGUGGAGUGGAAAGAGCAGUUACAAAUUGUGUUGGGAAGGCCAGUGAUCAGUCGUAUCUUCUAUCUUACUAUUCAGCUAGCAUGGGAGGUGGUGGAGGAAGGAUAAACAAGCCCAAAACCUCCAAGUUGAGUACUCGGACAAGGGCUAGACAAAAGACAAAGUCACACAAACAUAAAUACAUCAGGAGUGAAGACACCCUCUCUUUGACCACUGACAGUGUACUCCGGCAGUGCAGGACAAAUCCCAAAGCUAAUGUGAAAAUUUCAUCAAAGAAGAAGAGGCUGUUACUUAGGGAUCUAAAGACGCUGGCAGUUGAGAAAUGCACUAUGGAGACUGAAAUACAACCAGCAUCAACUCGUGAUCAAAAAUCAACAUCAACAUUGAACAAUAAAAUGGACACCACAUGAUGAAUAUAUUCACUAGACUAUCCUGUGUGUGUGCUUCAAUGUGCUCUGUUUAGUGUUUAUUGGGAUUGCUCCAGUGCUCUUUGUUCUUUGUCUUGUGCUGUGUUGGGGUUUCUCCCUUCCCAGUGGAUUGUACACAGAUUUCAAUUGAGCUAAUUUUCUUGAA